AUGGGCUCAGCACCUAGCAAGACGAGCAAAAUCCCUAGGCUUCGUCAAUCAGAAGUCCAAGAAUUUUCACGCCAAACAUUAUUCACAGUCGAAGAAGUUGAAAUGCUUUACAAACGAUUUUAUGAAGUUUCCAAAUCAGAAGUUGAUGAUGGCGUAAUUGAUUUCUCUGAAUUUUGCCUCGGCUUAAAACUGCCUGUUUCACCUCUUAUUUCUGACAGAGCUUUUCGAUUAUUUGAUGCUAAUGGAGACAGAGUUAUAAAUUUUCGAGAGUUUUUACUAGCACUGAGCACAUUUAUUUCAAAGAGUCAUGAAACUCCUAGAACAUCUCAAGGGACAGCUUCUUCUGUUUUAGCAUCAAAAUACAGAGACCAGGUUGAAGCUUCGUUCAGAAUGUACAAUGUAAAAGAAGACGAUAAAGUUUAUAUUAGCGAUAUUAAAGAAUUAUUAGUUUCUGCGAUUUCUCAGGUGAAUUCUUUUCAAUUGAGCCAGGAGCAGAUCUCACAAAUUAUCGACAGCUUGAUUAAAACAGAAAUGUGCCAUGAGGAUGAGAAUGGAAAGUAUAUUGAUAAAAACUCUUAUAAGAGGAUGGUUAUGAAUGAUAAUCGAGUUGUAAAGUGGCUAGGAAUCGAUAUGGAAAGAGUCGCUCAUAGUAAUAGACAAGUUGUUAUUAAAAAAUCAAAAUCAAGGUGCUUACCUCUGUAA